AUGGCUACGCUCAUGAGGUGGGCCACAAAGGUGCUUCGACGGGCCCCCUCCCCUCCCAUGUAUUUUCCCAACAGCGGCUUCGAAAUCGUCCAUCCCUCAGAGGUGCUUGACGAGGAACGGUUUGAGCAGUUCAAACAAGGAAAAUAUUAUCCUGCUAAUAUUGGCGAUGUGAUUAGUUCCAAAUACCAGAUUAUUGGUAAACUUGGUUUUGGGACUACUUCAACUGUAUGGCUCGCUCGUGAUCUUGGAGGCCAUCAAUAUGUGACGCUUAAAAUAUACACGCGUGACGAUGGUAAUCAGGAAGAGUUUCAGAUUUAUAAACAACUAAAUAUGGGGAGUUCAUGGCACCCUGGCCAUGCUCAUAUAAGGAAAGCACUGGAUCUCUUCACAAUUCCCCGUUCUGGUGGUGACCAUCCUUGUCUUGUUCAAAAACCAAUGUGGGAAAGCUUCAGGGAUCUACUAUACCGUAAUCCUAGCCAUCGAUUUACUGAAGACCUACUCAAAGCAGGUCUUAUACAGAUCUUCCUUGCACUUGACUAUCUACACACUGAAUGCAAGCUUGUCCACACUGAUAUCAAAAGCGAUAAUAUUCUCCAAGAAAUAGAGGAUAAGUCAAUCCUUGAGAGUUUUACCCAAGCUGAACUGAAACACCCUUCACCCCGCAAAAUAAUUAAUGGUGUGCCGGUCUAUGCUUCACGGCGUUUUGACUUGCCAAAGGUAUUUGGCAGAGCAGUAUUAAGUGAUUUUGGGUCUGCUGUACAAGGAGAUAAGAGGAGAAAUCAUGAUGCACAGCCAAAUAUUUAUAGAUCUCCAGAAGUGAUGCUGAAGACUGACUGGAGUUACCCGGUUGAUAUAUGGAAUGUCGGUGUUAUGGUGUGGGAUUUGUUUGAGGGGAAACACCUUUUCUAUGGAAAUGACCCUGACAGCAAGGGGUACUCGACCCGGGCGCAUCUUGCAGAAGUCAUGGGAGUUCUAGGGCCACCACCUCUGGAUAUGCUCCAGCGUGGCAAAAGAAGCCAUGAAUUCUUUACUAAUGAUGGGAAAUGGAAGCAAGACCUGGACAUUCCGACAGGAGUUAGUUUAGAAUUGUCGGAAGAGUUCCUUGAGGGAAGAAAUAAGGAAAUGUUUUUAGCUUUUAUGAGAGGGAUGCUUCAGUGGCGGCCUGAAGAUAGGAAGACAGCGAAGGAUCUACUGCAGGAUCCGUGGCUGAAUGAUCAGAUAGAGUAG